AUGGCUUCAGCAAUCCCCAGUGAAGGCGGCCAUACGGUCGAGCCUAUCUCCCAGGUCGUCGAUGUCAAGGAGAAAGAUCUGACCGAAGUAUUGGAAGAGGCCCUACCUAUAGGGCUUGGUGAGGUUGUUACUUCAGAAGAACCCGUGACAAGUCGACUCGAGUUAUGGUCCUGGUACGCGUACUAUUUCGGGAACAACUCAGCGGGACCUCUUUCCUACGCUCCGUUGAUCUUCCAGUACUUGUUGUGGGAUGCAGGCUUCAACGGGAACGACCCAAGUCAGGAUUGCAGCGAUCCAAACGCGCCGUGUCUGGUCAAGUUCGGCACCAAGAAUAUCAACGCGAGCACAGUGGUCUUGAUCUGCAAUGGCCUCGUUUUCGCGUUUCAGAGCGUUCUCCUGCUCUUUCUCGGUUCAAUGGGAGACUACGGCCCAUGGAAGAGAUCAGUCUUGAUCGUGGCAUCAGUCGUCUGCUGGGGCACCCAGUUCGGCUUUCUCGGCUUGAAGCAUCCAUCACAAUACAACAUUGCGAUUGCGCUCUACAUCUUGACUAGCAUAUCUUACAAUCUGUGUUAUGCUUUUUGGACCCCGUCGUUUCCACAGCUCGCCAGGAACACUCCUCAGGCCCUCGAAGCGAAGAGAGCGUAUGAAGCCGGAGAGCUCACGGAGGAGGAAUACACCAAGAAAAAAUCGCUCCAACGCAACAGGCUCAGCAACAUUGCAUUCUGCUGCACCAGUGCCGGCUACACUAUCACUCUGCUGAUUGCGCUCGGAGCGGCGUUCGGUCUACACGCUAACGAGUCUGACUCUGGAAACCUGCAGGCGGCGGUGAUCAUAGUCGGGCUGUCCACUGGAGUCUGGAUACUGGCGGGAACGCCCUGGUUCUUCUUGGAAAAAUCCCGAUCCACGCCGCUGCCCGAGGGCGAGACCUACUUCUCCGUCGGGGCUAAGAAUUACUGGUUCGCCUUCAAGAAUGUCAAGCAGCUCAGCCAGACCUGGCUGUAUAUUGUUGGGUAUUUCCUCAUCUCGGACGGCUACGCCACGACAAACCAGAUAUAUGGCAUUUGCCAGUACCUCAUUGUCGACUAUAGCACCACCGUGUCCACGGAGCUUUGCAUCGUCCAAGGCGUCGCGAGCGCAGUCGGCAUCUACAGCCUGUGGUUCAUCCAGAAGCGGUUCAAGAUCCGGACGAAGCCGAUGCUCAUAACUAUCUCGUGCUUUCUGCUGGUCGUGCCAAUCUGGGGGUGCAUAGGUAUCGGUACCACCAAGUUCGGCUUCCACAAGACCUGGGAAGUCUGGGGGUACUCGGUCUUCGACUGCCUGCUCGUCUCUCCAUUCUAUGCCUUCUCCGCCACCAUGCUGAGCGACAUCUGCCCCAAGGGCCGCGAGGUCAGCUUCUUCGCCAUCUACUCGCUCGUCAGCAACUCGACGGCGUGGAUCGGACCUAUCAUCAGCGGAGUCAUCAUCGACCGCACGGGCAACACUUGGACGGGGUUCCCCUUUUCCCUCUCGCUUAGUUUCGUGGGCUUCGUCCUCAUCUGCUGUGUCAAUGUGAAAAAGGCACAGGAACAGUGUGAGAACUACGUCCGCAACGAUCCUAAUGUCCAGAGACGGGCCGUGGAUGCAGAUUAA